AAAGUUGUAGUAGUAGGUCGGAGCUCGGAUGCGGGUCUGGUCGGGUCCACUCCCAUCCCAUCCCAUCCCGUGCCACGCCAGCCCAACCUACGUAUCACAUUGGGAUUGGGUGAGUGGGUCGAGUCCGGCGAUUAUCACCGUGAUCUGAUGGGCGUGAAACCGAAGAAAACCCGUCGAGAGUGGAAAAGUGAGAGGAAAGUUGCGCCGGCGCAAGGGAAAUCCUUUAAAUGUGUGUUUAACCACAAAAGCGACGUGAGUUUAACCAACAUAAUCGACGGUUGGGCGCCCGGAAAAGCCACCACCCGCCUCCUCAUCGUUCUGCGAAAGAGUUGUGAUCCGUCGGCGUGACCUGUGUGACACUUUCAUUUGCCGGGUUAACGCCCCCUCGAAAUCCGGCCAGUAUCGAAACCGAAAAUUUAACGCUUGCUUAGCGCGUGAGAUCGCCAGAUGCCCGGAGCUCGGUCAUCAUCGAUGAAAACCACAUGGGCCGAACGAACGCCCCUCAUAAUGAGCGCAACGGAUCCGAGCAUCGAUCCAUUCUGGAUUCUCGACCUAGCCAAAAUGGAUUUUCAAUCGCUGGCGGAUCGUGCCUGGGAAUCUGGCUGUGGACCGCUGUAUUUUGUGUGUACUUUCUUGCGGUCGCUGGCAGUCGACAGCCAACCAACCACAACAACAGCGACCACAACAACACCAAUCGAGCAACAGUUGAUUCCGCCCCAGCAACAACAACGAAGGCAUUCCGGCAUGGCCUCUGCCUCGGCCUGCGCCCCACCAACCCACCCUUCGCCCACUUUCGGCGCCUGUUGUUGCUGCUGCUGUAGUGAGAGGCGGAGCAACGCAGCACCAUGCGGAGGCAGUAGGUGCGAUAAGGCAGGCAUUAGGAGCAGCCACAUACGAAUAGCAAGCGAAGGAAGAGCAGAGCCAAAGAGAGGGAUCCCCAAAAAGAGAAAGAGAGAGUGGGAGAGCGUGAAGCUCGAAUCGAACGUUUCGAAAUAUUUCAAGCUGUACACCAAACGAAAAUAUUCAUAUUUUUUUCGAACUCAAACUCAAACUCAAAUAGGGAUCAACUAUUGAAAUAUAGAAUAUUUUGGAACUAUGUGAUAAAUGUAUUCAUGGUGAAUAUUUGUUUAUAUAUUUUAUAGAAUAAAAUAUGUUAAUUCCUGGUGCGCAUUUUAGUUAGUUUGCUUAUAGAGUUUAAUCUCAGGCUUGCUUUAUAUAAAGAAAUAAAU